AUGUCAAGUCGCCGCAAAGCCACGCCAAUUCGGUUGGUCAAUCAUUUACCUGAAGAAGGGGCGUUAUCACCGUACAGUGCAAGGUUGCUCCCUCCAGAGUGGACGGAGAGUGGAGGCGAGGAAGAGGAAAAGAACCAGCCGACUUCCUCGACUUAUCUCGAGAUGUUGCCCACCGACCGGUUGGUGGCCAAAACCCCCUCUUUGUUGGGGGAUGGGGUCACGGACCUGGUAGGUUUUUACAGUAGAUCUUAUUUUAUAUUAUGCUUAUGAAUGACAUAAUAAUGAAUAAUUUUAUAUCAAAUUUCAAUUUAAUAUGCAAAUAUGAUCUUUUGGGUUUCUUGGUUAAAUUUUUUUAUUCACUUAAAAGUCCUACCUUAAAAAUAGCUUUAAUAUCUAAAACAAUAUGUUAGAAAACUGAAACCUUUUACCAACGUAUAAAUUACAGAACGUGAGUUUGGAUAACUUGAAUGAAAGCCCAACUGAACAAUUCACAAGCCCUGUAGAAACUGUCAAAUCCACCAAGUCAUCUGAAUCUCACCACACAAGGUACGAACAGUUUAAAUCACAACAUUUACGUUUACUAUCCCUUAGGCAUUUAUCCGGGAUUAUGUUAUCUUUAGUCUUUAUUUAAGCCAGGCUAUUCAAAGCUCUGAUAAGUAUUGUUAUCAUCGUAUCUGAUUAGAAGACUGAAUUAUGACGUUGUAUUGGGUUAGAUUUGGCACGUGUUAACAUUACGUUUUUUGAUCAAAAUAGGUAUAAAAUUUGAAAAUUGGGCAUAGUAUUGAAAUAUGUUAAAAUUUAAACCUAUCUUACUCCAAUUUGUUUAAAAAUUGGGAUUUUCGCCUGUUUAUCGACUAUACAGUCCCCCUGAUAACAUAAUUGUUUUGAUAUCCCUCGGGGCUUGUCGCUCCCGGAUUCGCCCAUUAAAAUGACCUUUCUCGUGACAGUCCCGGCCAUAUACGGAGCAACACUAUUGUGCAAACAAUCGGCUAUUCGAGCCUUGUUUAUCAGCGAUAAGAAGCGGGAGGGUCAUUCAACAAAACAUUACCGUACCUUCUGUUUAUGGAUGAACAAUGAAUUCGAUCACGGGGAUUGAAUUUCGGAUUUAUUUAAUUAAACAACCCACUCCAACUUCGAGAGUUUCGAUUCUUUUGAUUAAAAUUGCUUUUUCAGCACGACGAAUGGGAGCGCCGAGAUCCCUGAUAUCUUGGCACAACAACACGAUUACUGUACCGUCAUAAUCGACGGGAAUGCGCUCAAGAACGCUCUCGAGAACGUCGACUCACAGCUGGGGAAGGCGCAUUUGAUAGACAAUAUUAUCGAACAGGUGGGUGCUUUGUGUUAUCUACAAGGGACAGAAAGGUAUUGUAAUACUAAACUUACAAUAAUUUGUAAAAACAAUACAAUAUCAUCUAAGGUUUAUAUUAAUUAUAUUGCGCCUUAUAAAUAUUGAUUUAUAUUUCAUUCUUUUAGCUUCAAACAGUGAAGGAACGACUGUUAUCACCCCCAAAAGAACCGGAAGAUAUUGAGGAAGACCUGGAGAAGGAGGAAAAGGACAGUAACUUUGACAAUACCAUGGAUUACAAUACCUCAAACAGUGACGUCUCUCAAGAACAGGUCAAGAUCGAACCAACCGAGCAGUCGACCCAACAAGAAAAGCUGAUGGCCAUGAUCAAUGCCCUGGGGGCUCACAAUCCCGCCAUGAACUUUUUCUUUCCUUCACGUGAGUUAUUUUACAUAACAAAACUGUAUAACAUUCGAUAAGCAUUCACUGUUUAUAUGAGAAGCAACAAUUUACCAGAGGUAACAAAAACAGAUCGUAACAUUGUAUACAUUAUGUAUCAUUUUCAGUACAAGCAAUGAAGGCACAAGAACAAGAAAGUCAUCAGAAUCUGUUUGAAAACUCCUUCCUCAACUACUACAGAAACAAAGCCAUCAACAACAACAACGAGUUGAACAAAUGUAACGAGAUUCCAUUGAACUUGAGUACCUUCAGGUAAGUCACGUAUUACUUAUUGUUUUUUAUUUGGUAUUCUUUGAGUAAUUCAAAAGAUAUUACUAUGUAUAAUACUUUAGGUGUGAUUUUUCAUAAUUUGCAUUUUAGUGACAACCGUGAUCCAAACAGCACAUCUCCGUCCAGCUUCCUGAACCGCCUUCAGCCGAAUCCCCAAUCGCCGACGUCAUCGGGCAAAAGCACGCCACGAGCGGAUUCUGGAUCCAACCUGAACAACGUUGUCCGUGUCAAUGCCCCGAAGAGCCCGAAUCACAUCAAACGACCGAUGAACGCGUUCAUGGUUUGGGCACGCGACGAGCGACGCAAGAUUCUGAAGGCGUGCCCUGACAUGCACAACAGCAACAUCUCCAAGAUCCUGGGCUCCAGAUGGAAGGCGAUGUCCAACGCCGAGAAGCAGCCUUAUUACGAAGAACAGUCUCGGCUUUCAAAACUGCACAUGGAACAACAUCCGGAUUACAGAUAUCGGUAAGUCUGUGAUAACAACCUUAAUGGCAUAACAAAUAAUAUUACAUCAAGUCUGGAGCAUUAGCAAGUACUUACGAGGAAGCAGAACAAAAUCUGUCUCUGUGUAGGAGAAGAUAACAACAAUUACUUUACUUUUUCAAAUCAGUGAUAUAAUACCAAACUUUAAUUCAAAUCUUAACCAAAUCAUACUUAAUAUAUCCGGUUUAGACCACGACCAAAGCGCACGUGUAUGGUGGACGGGAAGAAGGUGAGGAUCACCGACUACAAAAACCUUCUCAAAACUAAACCCAACUCAAGUAAUGGAGCUGCGUCACCGUCACCUUCUGUAUCUAGCUCUAGAAGCAACCCCAGCCUGUCGAUCCCGACCAGCUCCGACUUGUUGACCCCCUUCCCCAAUUCCUCGGCCUUCCUCGGGGUCAACGGCUGGUUCCCCGGAGCUUUGUCCAGCGAGGCAAACCAGCCCGGCCUCCCCACACCUACUGUAACAUCAAGUGGAGACAGCCAACCCUCGAGGCUGCCACUGGAGUUCAACGGGAUUUCGAACGCCGCUCUCCUGGUUGGACUAGCCAACCAUCAUCAUCAGCAGUUCCAGAGGAACCAUGCCCAGAUGUUACAUUCGUCCGAAUAA